UUAGAUGUAGAGGGGUUCAGCCGUGUAGGAAUCGAAACACUACGCUUGAAAGACUUAAAGGCUGAAAAACGAGUUAGCCAACCUCUAGACUACCUGAGUGUUUAAAACAGAAGUAAAAGAGCAAUGGCCCUGAUGGGAGUGCAGCUGGUGGUCAGCUUGCUGGCAGCCAGCAUCAUGCAGAGAAUGGCCCCACACUGCUCUUUUGCUCGCUGGCUCCUCUGCAAUGGCAGUCUGUUCCGGUUUAAGCACCCCACGGAAGGAGAGCUAUGUGCUUUGGCAGGGAAACAGAUGCCCAAGACAAGCAGGAGAGAGAGGAGACAAAAUGGUGCUGGAGACAGCAAGCCACUCACAGUACCUAGAGACAUCGACCUCCACUUGGAAGCGGUUCCUGUCAAUGUUCUGGAUGCCCUUGUUCUGCGUUUCUUUGUGGAGUACCAGUGGCUGAUUGACUUUGCAGUGUAUGCCCUGGGCAUCUAUCUGUUCACUGAGGGAUACUAUUGUGUAGUGGAUGCCAGCAAAGAGGUCAACAUUGGAGCUAUCUGGUGUGUGCUGACCAUUCUCUUUUGCCUGAGAAUGCUGUACACACUGAUGAGUCACUACUUCCGCUCAGACGAGGGGGGUGAGCGCUCUGUGUGCCUGGCCUUUGGGUUCCUCUGCCUGCUGGUGGCCAUGCUGGUGCUGGUGGUCAGAGAGGACUACCUGGAGUUUGGUCUGGAGCCUGGUUUUGCCAGUCUGUUUGACAACCUGGAGGUCUUUGCUAAGCAGCAAGGAUAUGAGUGGUCGGUCCCUGUCACCAAACUGACUGUCAAGUUGUGCUUGGCAGCUGUCUGCGCAUUCAUCGGUGCUUUGCUUGCAUUUCCUGGCCUUCGAUUGGCCCAGACUCACUUAGACGCAGUUCAGAUGAAUGCAGACCGACCUCUAAUACAGAUCCUUCUGCAUACCGGAUUCCUCUCCCCUCUGGUGGUCCUGGUGUUGUGGGUGAAGCCCAUAGCCCGUGACUUCUUGGGGAAUGCCCCGAUGGGGAAGACAUCCGUCACCUUGAUUUCCAGCUCCACCUUCAGCUCUGUGCGUCUGUGGACUGUGGUUGCCCUUUGCUUCCUGCGCUUGGCCCUCACCCGCUACCACCUGCAGGCCUACCUCAACCUGGCGCAGAAGUGGGUGGAGCAGAUGAAACGGGAAGCUGGGCGCAUCGCGGCUAUCGAUAUUCAGAGAAAGGUGACUCGAGUGUUCUGUUACUUGACUGUGGUCACACUGCAAUACCUGACGCCCAUUCUGCUCAUCCUCUUCUCCACCCUGGCCCUGAAAUCUCUGGGGGACUUCUCCUGGGGGCUGGUCCCUGAAACCCCUGGAGUCACACCCGCGGUGGUGCCCCCCACCGCCGCACCCCCGGUCUCUGCACUGGAGGAUGACGAGGAGGGGGAGGACAUGGAGGAGGACGUCCAGGCCACGGUGGCCCGUCUGUCGGAAGCCCUCGGCGCUCUGCGUGCUGUCCUCACCCCUCUGUUCUACAGGGGGCUCUUUGCGUUCUUCACCUGGUGGGUGGCAGCCUGUCAGGUCAUCAGCAGCCUGUUUGGGGUCUACUUCCACCAGUACCUCAUGCAGAGCUGAGUAUGGGCCCCUCGCUGGCCUCCUCCUCCGUGCACGGCUCAGGGCCCUGAAUGUGGUGUUACUUUAUUUGUACAUGCUGAACUCGGAAGCAAAGACAUAUUGCUCGCUCAUAGUUUGUUCUUGGCAAACACCCGAUACUGUUUUUUCUCUCUGUUGAGGGGCAUGUAACGUGAUCAUGAGUGUCAGGGCUUUUAACAAUCCCUUAACGAUUACUUUCAUUUUCAGAAUCUGAGGUAGUAUUUUCAAUAAUAGACAGUAGAUUUUAAUUUAAAUGUAAUGCAAAGCAGUCCAGUGAAACGGAUCUUUCAGUUUGUAAGAUUUCAUUGAUGAGUUCAUGUGAUGUCUUAAUUCAGUAAUGUUACAAAGUGCCUGGAAACUCAGGGAUUUUCAGGAACUGAUUUCUUUUCCUGGACAGGUGUGUAGCAUAUAAACAAAUGAUAAAAAUGACUCUGUAGCACCAAGUAACUGAAAUUUUCUUCAGAUUUAAGUGUCAGUUGUAGUAUUUAUUUAUAGUCCUUUUGCACCCAA